AAGGACAUUCAUGCAACACCCCGCUAGCGCUGCGCGGGAGCCCAAAACAAACGCGUCGUUUAUAUGUUUGGGAUCCCCAGCUUUUUCCGCUGGAUUACCUUGUAGCUGUUCCCUUUCUUUGGCCCUGAACGUGAAGUUUGAAAAUCGUGAAAAGUUGGACCGCGAAGAUGUCGUCGGAAUUAGUUGUUGCUGCCCCACCUACGGCUCCCCCGCCGAUGACGUUUCGCGAGCGGCUGGCCCAAUUUAGGAUCCUCGAAGAGAAGAGAUGUGAACUUAUCGAGGAGCUGCUAGACAAGCUCGAGAAGACAGAAGCCCGCCUCGCACAAACUGAACUCGACCUGGGCUCUGAACAAAAUGUCAGGCGGACGUUGCAGGCAGAGAUCGCAGAGGUCACACGGACAAUGCAGGGCCAGUUAGAAGAGUCCAAGGCGAAAGAGGAGGCUUUGGUGCAGAACCAGGCCAAGAGGCCGUUCGUCAUGGUGCUCAUAGAUGCUGAUGCCGAUGGAUUCUUGUUCCAAGACAAAUAUGUAACCCGUAAAGCUCAAGGUGGUGAGGCACUAGCAGACGAGCUUAACAUCCGGAUACGAGAGUACCUACGAGAGCUCUUUGAAGAUGCCGACUCUCUGGACAUCAUCGUUCGUGUAUAUGCCAACUUGGAGGGCAUGGCAAACUACCUCGUACGACUAGACAAGGUGCGGAACCUAGGACAGCUACGAGCCUUCUCUACCGGUUUCUGUGGAAGGAUAACAAGCUUUGACUGGAUCGACACUGGUGUUGGCAAGGAAGGCGGAGCUGGACGGAAGGUCCGAGAAAACCUAGCUUUCUUUGCUACCAACACCCAUCUCCGACACGCAAUAGUAGCCUGCUCACCCGUCGACCUCCCCGCCUCGCUCCUUACUUCCAUACCCCUCGAAAAGCUAACCCUUAUCGAAUCUCUCCCCUUCCCGGCAAACAUCACGACUCUUCCCAUCAAGCUCGCCAAAUUCCACUCGCUCUUCCCUCCGCCACCACCACCCAAGGUUGCCAAGCCCAGCCGAGAACGCGGCCGCAACGACCGAGGCAUCAGUGAGACUGAUGUCAGACGAGGUGAUAGGGAGAUGCGGCGCGGGGAUGAGAGGAGCGGUGGCCCACAGCUUCAGCUCAUGGAACAAGAACAUGACGGUGGCGGCUCUACCUGGCUGGUUAUCCAGCCCGAAAGAAGUAAAAGUCAGACUGUUGAUCGAAGAGACAGAGACAGAAGGAGGGCAGGGAGCGAGGAUGACAACAGCAGUUUGAGCAUCAGUAUCGGACCCGACAAUACCGUCAGUGUAGAUAGUGGGAGGCGGCGGAGGUUGAUGGGUUAGUUUCUCACAUGGGGCAAGUAAAGCGUGCGAAUGGUAUUUCCUUCGUCCUGGCAUGGGAAGAGAGAAUUUCGUAUUCCUGGGUAUCUUGGGUGAGGUUGGUGGAAUGGCAUAGCUUAGCGUUGGCGUCUUCAGUAGCAUAGCAUCCUGUAUCCUUCAUACCG